CGGAGCAAGCCAAGUCAUUCUUUCAAUUUUGGGCGUGUUUUCAACCGGGCGUCGGCAGUUUGUGCAUCUGCCGCAGUCUGCAUCCAGAAUCGCUACCGAAGGCGGCUGAAACAUUUGCUUGCAGCCCUCAAAUAGAAUAGACCUUGCUGGAGCCGCCUCUUGUUGAAUUCGAAAUCUCGACUCUCGAUGAAGCUCUAGGGCUGCUCACCCCCAACCGCGACACACCAUGGCUAGCGAGCAGGUCUACGGCGUCACGCCGCCAAUCUCUGUCAACCUCCCGACCGAGGCGGAAAAGCGCGCAAGCGAUGCCCUCAUCGAAGAGCUUCGGCGCCAAAAGACGUUCGAGAGCCCGUCAGAAACCGAUAAAAGAUGGAAGGUCCUCGCUUCGCUCCAAGAGAUUUGCAACGAAUUCGUCAGAAAAGUCGCGACAGAGAAAGAGCCCAAGAACGAAAUCCUCAUAAAAAACGCCAGGGGCAAAGUGUUUACGUACGGCAGUUUUCGUCUGGGAGUCUUUGGACCUGGCUCGGAUAUCGACACGCUCAUCGUUGCGCCCAAAUAUGUUACUCGCGAAGACUACUUCAAGCACUUUCCUGACCUGCUGGUCUCAAUGGCGCCUCCAGGCGCCAUCACAGACUUGACUGUUGUCACGGAUGCCUUUGUGCCCAUCAUCAAAUUUGAGUACUCCGAUAUCAGCAUAGAUCUAAUCUUUUCCAGAAUCAUCCAAAAGCAAAUCGCUCCCGAUUUUGAUAAUCUAAAGGAUUCCAGCUUGUUGCGUGGUCUAGACGAGGCCGAGCUACGAUCCCUGAACGGCACCAGAGUGACGGAUGAGAUUCUUGCUCUUGUCCCUGAAGAGAGUACAUUCAAGCUUGCCUUACGAGCCAUCAAGCUAUGGGCGCAGCGCCGGGCCGUCUACGCGAACAUUAUGGGUUUUCCGGGCGGUGUCGCCUGGGCCAUGUUGGUAGCUCGUGUUUGCCAGCUGUAUCCCAAGGCCGCGACGUCAGUCAUCGUCAACAAGUUCUUUCUGGUGAUUGGCCAAUGGCGAUGGCCGCAGCCCGUAUUGCUUAAGCCCAUUGGUAGCGGCCCCCUCCCAGUCCGCGUCUGGAAUCCCAAGGUUUACAAAGGCGAUUCUUUCCACCUCAUGCCCGUCAUUACCCCAGCGUAUCCUUCAAUGUGUGCGACAUUCAACAUUACCCGAUCCUCGAUGACCAUUAUUCAGCGCGAGCUGCGACGCGGACUAGAAAUUUCCGAGCAAAUCAUGGUUGGCAAGAGGCCGUGGAGUGAUUUGUUUGUUAAACAUACGUUUUUCACCCAAGGCUACAGGUAUUACAUCUCAGUCGUCUCUGCCAGCAAGGACAAAGAAGCGCACAAGGUAUGGUCGGGCUACGUAGAGUCCAAGGUUCGGAUGCUCGUGCAAAAACUGGAGCAACAUUCGUCCAUUGCGCUUGCACAUGCGUUCAAUAAGGGAUACGACCGACGGCAUCUUUGCAAAAACGAUCACGAGAUCGAGCAAGUACAGGAAGGAAGUCUGGAAUUUGUCAUCAAAGAUGAGGGCAAAGAUCAGCCCAGCGAAGAAAAGGCUCCGAAUCCCGAGGAGAAGGAAGAUUCUUCAGAGUCUACCUCCCCAGUCGAGGUUUUCACCACCACUCAUUACAUUGGCCUUGAGCUAGAAGAGGGUGCCAAAUCUCUGGAUUUAUCAUAUCAAGUCGAUGAGUUCAAGGUCCUAUGUACCAGUUGGAAGAAGUAUCAAGAGGAGCUGCAGCCGUCAGUAUCUCUAGGUGUACAGCACGUUCGAAAUUUCAAUCUCCCAGACGACGUUUUUGAAGCCGGAGAAACGAAGCCUCAGAAGAAGAGCGCUAAAAGCCUGGCAAACAAGAAGCGAGGCCCGACAGAGGACAACACCCCGCCAGCAAAGAGACAGCAAGCCUCAGUUGUAGCUGCUGGUUAACGAGAAACACGUACUGUGCCGCGGUUCAAGCCUCCAUUUCCGUUUGGACAAAUAUUUUUCUGAAAUUCCAAGCUGACGUUAAGGAAGUGGAUGAUUCUUUUUUUUUUUUUUUUGUUUUCCUGCGC